UUUGUGUAGAAUUCAUUAUGGACAUUGGAGCUUCUACAGGUGUAAUACUUGAUCCUACCUACACUGGUAAAGCUGUCCGUGGUCUGGUCUCAGAGCUACAGAAUAAUCCUCAGAGAUUCAGGGGAAAACAAGUUCUGUUCAUCCACACAGGAGGAACCUUUGGACUCUUUGAUGGUCGUAUGAAUCAACUUUUAAAACAAAGAAACACACCCAAUAGCAGUCAUAUUCACAUUUGGAAUGAAAAGGGUGACUCUAUAAACCCUAACUGAAUCGAUAUUUUAAACAAUAUUUAGAUUUGUUUUAUAAAUGUUUUAAAAUCAUUAACUAGUAUAUAGAUAUAGAGAGUAAACUAGAAAUCAAAGAAAUGCAAAAAUAUAAACAUGAUUCAUAAAAUUGGUGAAUUAGAUGUGAAGAAUGCUUAUACAGCUUCAUGUGAAUAAAAAUCAUACAUAUAGAGCAUAGUUGUCAUUACAUGUAUUUAUUCACAUUUAAAAUGAAGACACACAUAUGGUGGCUGUUUCUGCCCCUUCAUGCAAGAUUUAUUUUAACAUGUAAGAAAAUUAUGUCAACAUGCAAGAUUAUGUCUACAUGCAAGACAAUUAUGUUGACAUGCAAGUUACACAUUUUGUAUGUUAAUCUGAUUUUAAUAUGGUUAAAAUCACACAUGUGAGCCUGUAUCUACG